AUGCGCUUGUCCAACCUCAUAUGCAUUGCCAGCAGUGCGGCAUCAGUAAUUGCUACGCCGCUUCCACGAGCAGCAGCCAAUGCAGGUUAUCUGGCUGCAAUUUUCAAGGGCGCCGAACCUAGUGUCUUCUUUUACAAAGCAUCAGCGAACCAGCCAACGGCCUUUCAGGCUUUGAACAAUGGUCGAGCGACGCUUGUGCCAACAACUGGAACUGGAGGUGCCAGAGAUCCCUACAUAUUGAAGUCCCAUAGCACGUCCGAGAUGCAGCAAUAUCAUGUUUUGGCGACCGAUCUUGACAUCGGUAAAACCGACUGGACUCAAGCACAAGCGAAUGGCUCGAGAAGCAUAUAUGUAUGGGAGUCGACGAAUGGUGUCAACUGGUCUAAAGAGCGAUUGGUCGAACUCAUGCCAUCAACAGCCGGAUAUGUCUGGGCACCAUCAGCCAUCUGGGACGCGCAGAAGUCCCAGUACGCAGUCUUCUGGGCGUCACAGGUCUACGCAGAGAACGAUCCAAAGCACAACGGACCAGCUACAGGCCCGUACAUCUACUACUCGCACACGAGCGAUUUCAGAACCUUCUCCGCACCCGCCAGAUGGAAUCCAAACGACAGCCGCACAGUCAUCGACCAGGAAAUCCAACAAAUCGGGACCAAUUCUUAUAUCCGGUACCUGAGCGACACGAAUGAUGUCAAAAGGGUGGUCGUUGAUCGCAGCGACAACGGUCUUUUUGGAACAUGGAAUCGCAUUGGGGUUCCCGUAGACCAGGUCAGAGAGGGUCCGGUGUCCUUCCAAGAUAUCAACAACCCGCGACGAUACUAUCUCUGGGAAGACAACUAUGGCGGUAGUGGCUAUGAGUGCUAUUACACUGAGACCUUCCAGACGCCAUAUACCCCGUGCUCGCCUUCAUUGAGUCCAGCGGGGAUGCGGCAUGGAGUGGUAGUCCAGAUUAGCCAGACGUUAUAUAAUGCUCUCGUGUAG